AUGGACGCCAAAUUCCUUCUCUGUGUGGUGGCCCUCGUCAUGUGCUCGAUCGUUCAAGAGGCUAGUGCUCAAUACUACGGAUACGGAUAUGCCUCUUCUUAUUAUCCAUCUUACUAUGGAGGAUAUGGAUCAUACAAUGGAUACUACGGUGGAUAUGGAUAUGGAUCUGCUUAUGCUGGAUACUACGGAAAGAGAGAAGCUGGAUUUGGACCAUCUCAACCAACGAACUGA